AUGCAUAUUGGCUAUGCAAAGGUUAUGCAUUAUGCAAUAUGCAUUAUGCGGUCAAUUACAUGGGAACACCGUCGGGAUCCAACAAAGUCCAUGCAUUAUGAGACUUAUGCAUUUAUAUCUACACGACAGCUGGCCGCAUCCAAGGUACCCGCAGUCGAAAAUGAACCUAUGCAUGCCACGGGCCAAUUCGUCAACGACCUGGAUAUUAGAUCAAAACAAAGUAAACUUGCAAGGCAGACUAUACCCUCCGAUCACGCCCGUCAUCUCUGCACAUACCACGAAGCAGAUGGAUCCACUGUGGCCACCGUGAUUGACGGUGCUCUCUCUUUUUCAAGGCUGAGUGGGAGACCAUGCCUCGGAGUCUUCCUGCGUGUUGCAGAGCUUGUCAGUGGCCAGUACCAUUUCAAGUUGGUGACAGCUACUAUGCUUGGUCAAGGGAAGAAUGCGUGGCAGGCCGAGAUUGAUGCUGCCACAGAGCUCUCAGACUUCUUACGUUUGGGCGUCAAAUCUGACGAGGAGCUCUAGGCCAACCAGCCUCCUAAGAACUCAUUAGGAUCACAGAAGUAUGUCCCAUCUUGUAUGAAACCAGUU